GAUUUCUUUUCUAAUACAACAUUCUGCUUCUUGUAUGUCACCUCUUACAGCUUUUGCAAAGUUUUGAUUUGAUAGGACAAGCACAGUGAGGGCAUUAGGACCGAGAGAAAGACGCACACAUUGCUCUGUAUUAUGUCUGGCAAAGUGCUUCCUGACUGAGUGCCGUAGUUAUGUGUGAAACAAAGUCAGGGACCGACUACUUCUCAUCUGUUGAUCACAGUUAACUUGAAGCCUCUGAACGGGGGAGAGCUGUCAGAUCUGCUUUCUGAGAUACAGUGCUUCAAUCCAGGCAGCAAUUGGAAACUUUGAAGAAGCAGAAUCUACCCUUGAAAGAAACUAUGAGAAAUGGGAUUUCUUUCAACUUAGAAUUUUAAAAGGGAAAAAAAAAUCAAAGCUUUAGCUACUCUUUCAAUCAGCAAAGCAUGCACUUUCCUAACUAAGCUGGGACUCCGCAUAAUAAAGGAUCUACUUUAUCUCGCUGGAUCCAUGCUACAUCUUACUACAUAUGUUCUUGAGGAAGAAGUGCAGAUAUGGAUCACGUAAGCUGCAGUUUCUCUUGUUGUUUCUGAUCCUGGGGUUUUUACUACUGAUGGUUACAACGCUGAAUCCACCACCCAGCAACCAGAGCAAGGAAGGGACUUUCCAGCCUGUGGAGUUCAACCCCCGGGAAGGGUAUCAGCUGGACUUUGUGGAGACCCAAGAGAUGCUGGAAACCCAGGAGGAGAGCCAGCAGUAUUACCCUCUGGAUGGUCUAUCGCCUUUCAUCUCCCUGCGGGAGGAUGAGUUGAUCAUGGCCGUCGUGUCGCCCACCGGCAAAAGGAACCACAGCCGGGCCAGGAAGGGCUAUCGCGUGGUGAAGCAGCAAGGCAGGCGGCCGGAGGGGAAGGCAGAGGGGGGCCCCGAGUCCCAGCCGCUGUCCGUGCCCCUGCAGGACGGGCAAGGGGCUGCGGCGGGGGAGCGGCCGCUCGGCCUGGAAACGCACGGCUUUAACGAGGCGCUCAGCGAGCGGAUCGCGCUGCGCCGGGACCUGCCUGAGGUACGACACCCGUUGUGCCUACAGCAAAAAUAUGACUCCAGUCUGCCUACUGCUAGUGUCAUCAUCUGUUUCCAUGAUGAAGCCUGGUCUACUCUGCUGAGAACUGUGCACAGCAUUAUGGAUACAGCCCCAAAGGCCUUCCUCAAGGAUAUCAUCCUAGUUGACGAUCUCAGCCAGCAAGGGCCCCUGAAGGCAGCUCUGAGUGAACACAUCUCUAAGCUGGACGGUGUGAAGCUCAUCCGGAGCAACAAGAGGCUUGGAGUCAUCCGCGGUCGGAUGCUGGGAGCCGCGCGCGCCGCCGGGGACGUGCUCAUCUUCAUGGAUUCCCACUGCGAGUGCCAGAAGGGCUGGCUGGAGCCCCUGCUGGCCAGGCUCUCCAGCAGCCGAAACAGUGUCAUCUCCCCUGUCAUAGAUGUCAUAGACUGGAAGACCUUUCAGUACUAUCACUCUGUGGGCUUGCAUCGAGGUGUUUUUGAUUGGAAAUUAGAUUUUCAUUGGGAACCAGUGCCAGAGCAUGAAGAGAAGGUACGACAGUCUCCCAUCAGCCCUAUCAGGAGUCCUGCAGUAGCUGGUGCAGUGGUGGCCAUGGAUCGACAUUACUUCCAAAAUACUGGAGCUUAUGAUUCUGACAUGACCAUGUGGGGAGCAGAAAACCUGGAACUAUCCAUUAGGACCUGGCUCUGUGGUGGCUCUGUAGAAAUUAUCCCAUGCUCCCGAGUUGGGCACGUCUAUCGAAAUCACUUCCCCCGCGCUUUCUCCUAUGAAGAGGCCAUUGUGAGGAACAAAAUCCGGAUAGCAGAGACCUGGCUGGGUUCCUUUAAAGAGAACUUCUACAAGCAUGACACAGUGGCUUUCUUAAUCAGCAAGGCAGAGAAGCCAGACUGCAGCGAGCGCCUUCAGCUACAGAAGAGACUGGGCUGUAGAAAUUUCCAGUGGUUUCUAUCAAAUGUGUACCCUGAACUCUCCCAAUCUGGAGACACACCAAGAUUCUCUGGCAAGCUUUACAAUACUGGUGUUGGCUUCUGUGCAGAUUACAGGCCUGGAAGAGCUACUGCAGAAGGGUCUAUUGAGCUCUCCCCUUGCAGUGACAGUCCCACCCAGCACUUUGAAUAUAACAUGAAGGAAAUCUUGCUUGGUUCUGCUCCACGGCUUUGCUUUGAUGUCAGACACGGGAAGGUUAUCCCUCAAAACUGUACAAAGGAGACAGACAACAGCAACCAGCACUGGGAUGUCCAGGAGAAUGGAAUGAUUGUCCAUAUCCUUUCUGGCAAAUGCAUAGAGGCAGCAAAGAGUGAAGAUGAGAAGGACUUGUUUCUGUCUGCAUGUAACAAGAACACAAAUCAGGUGUGGCAAUUUGAGCGUUCCCAUGGGCUGCGUCAGAGGUGACUGGCAGGUCUCUGCAGAGGUCAAGUCUCCAAAGUUUAACAUUACUUCUGCUUGGGAUUUAAGAUGCAUUUCCUGCAAGGACAAGAAAGCUGUUUGUGUUUGCUGUAGCAUGCAGGGAAGUCAGGAAUUUCUCUUGUUUAAAAGCCUGGCUCCUGGUUAACCCAGCUCUAGCUAAAACCUCUAUUUAUUCUGUGAAGCAGGGAACAGAGAGAUUGUGAGAAUCAAUAAAUUCUCAACUCUGCUAUUUCAGAAGACACUUAAGUUUGCCCUUUGAUGGAAACAUGGAAAAUUGGCUGCCAGACAGCUUGUCUUCAGUAUAUGCUGUGACUUCUCAGGGUACAGGAAAAAAAGUGAGAUUUUUGAAACUGUAAGAGGAAGCCAGCUAAACCAGGACAGGAGUUUAGCCUUGUUUUACAGUGCCCUCGACUCAUAUAAAACAAAAUAGGUUUUGUAUGUAUGAAAUUAAUAGAUGUUUCCACAUGUAAUGGCAAAAAUUUUGUUUUCCAAUUAACCUGAGCCAAAUUUCUACUCUCUGUGAGAUUACACAGAGCAUAAAUUAACACUUAAUUAGGCACUAAUUGCUCUAAUUGACUUGGACUACUAACAGUCCUCAGUGUUUGGCACACCCUUCCUUAAAUCCUUAUCCACAGUCUAAUUUGGAUGGCAGAAUGAGACUGAAAUAUUAACAAUUUUUUUUGUUGUUGUUUUAAUUAUAUUUAAGGACAACUCCUCAGGAAACUUUUGUGCUACUAAGGAGGGUAACAACUUCUCUGCUUAUUUGGGAAUAGAAAGAAUCGGUGGCAUCCAUUUGCUCUUGUAAAGCCAUGGCAUGAGCUUACUAUUAUUAUUAUUAUUAUUACUAUUAUUAUUAUUACUAUUAUUAUUGCAGUAACAGAAGUGCUGGCUGAAAACAGCAAGUGAAGGGAAACAGCCAGUUUCAACAGUGGCUACCUAGGAAGAAAAUACUGGUUUGCUUCCAUUUGCUUGCAGCCUGAGUUAAGUCUUUCAAGCUGUCAGUUUUAGCCAAGAAGAUUGUAUAUAUUCUUGCUGUCGAGGGUCUUCAAGAUGUUCCUGAAAAGAACAAAUUUUCUAAAGAAGCUUCUUCUGUAGAGCCUGCAUUGCUGCUGACCUGCUGUCAUUCAAAGGAGUGAAUGAGAGAUGAGGUUAAAUAACAAGAAUGGUCCCAAGCAAACUUAGCCAAGCAAACUUCCACUGCAGUAUCUCAUUAGGGUACUUUCCUUUUUGAAGGUAAAGUCAAUGAUGACACUUCCCAAGAGCCUGCUAAGAAAGAAGAACAAAGAUUUGGGAGUCUUCCCACAUCAACACCACAUCUGAUUUGUAGUAUAGAUCAAUGAUAAUCCUAUGUACAUAUUAAAGGGGAAGGACAUCUUUAAUGAAAAUCACUUAGGUUUUGCAUUAUUUUCAAGAGACAGAAAAUUGUGGGGUUUUUUUAAAUGCACAGCACAUUGUUUAAACUUCAGAGAAAGGAAGGAGUAACAGAUUAUUCUGCUUGGAGCCUUCCAGUUACCUGCUCUCAGUAAAUCAUAAUAAAUUGGUAUCAAGCAUAUAAAAUUGGUUACAACAGAGGACAUGAAGAGUAUUCUCUGUUGUGUUGUCCAAAACAUCUCCCAGUGUCUAAUUCUCUGUCUACUUUGAGUGCUAAAGAUUUCACACUGUGUUCAGGCAUCACUCCAAUCAUCUUGAUUACCACUUAUGCUUUCUUUGAUAGCAUCAGAAUCUAUUACUAUUUCUGCUGUGUCAUUUAAAAUUUCCUGUGACAUUCUGGAAAAUGCUUUAAUUUUCAGCUAAGAUGAUGAUAGCAACCUCUUCCAGAACACAAGUGAUACCUGACCAUUGCCCAAAUCUAGGGUGAGAAAAGAGAAUUUUUUAAAUUGCAUAAAUGCUGUUUUAAUGACAUGUGAUGCCUUUAUUUUAAAUUAUGACUAUGCCAGGUUUUUAAAUUAUGUAUUAUUUAUUAUAUUUUGGACACUAAACUGGGAAUAUAAUUCCUUCAGAAUUUAGGUAAAUGUUAAAAAAUGUGUAUACAAAUAUGGUAAUUGACCACAAGUGAUAUUUAUCUCAAAGAAGAAUGAAAAUAUAUUGGUUUAGAGAGGAAAUGUUUGGAAUUUCAGAGACAUGGACAUCUUCAUUUAUACUACUUUUUAACAUAGUGUUAAAAACCUAGAAAAGAAGGUUUGCUGUAGAUAUAUGUACCAUAUAAAAAUAUGUUACCUAAUACCUCUUCAAAAGAUAAAAUUAAAACCUAUGGUGCAGUACCAUUUAGGAAAUAAUUGUCAAUGCACUUGUUUCACUUAGUAACAGAGUAAAUGUGUGUUUGGUUUCCAAGGGAACUGAAUUCCAGAGCAUGAGCCAGAAGGGGAUGUGGAUUGUGGAGCACACUUCCCUCUAAUAUCAACAUAACUUAGUACACACAAAUUAAAAAAAAACCAAAGGGAAAGCAUCUAUCCCUGUUGUUCCUACUUUCCUUCCUAUAUGGCUUUUAACUGGAUUGGUUGGUUUUACCAAUAUUGUUUCCUCAUGGUGGCCAUUCAGACUUUGCCCCUGUGGUUACAUCCAGCAGAUAAACUCUUCUCCUCAUGGAAUUGGGCUCAACAAAGAGUGGUGGCUAAGCAUGCUGGUAUGUUUUCCUCAUGUUUACCCAUCUUUCAUGCAAAACUAGCACACAAUGAUGCUUUGAGCACCACAAAACAUAGAAUUACUUUCAGUUGUCUAUUUAGACAUGGUCAACAUUUCAGGUUCCACUAACUCCUGUGACAGGAGAAAAAUGUAAGGACAAAAUGUUUCAUGCAAGAAUGAAGCAGUUUAAACUUUGAAAGCUUCCAAAGCCUCAGGCAAGAGCAAAGGAAUUCCAGCAUAACACAAAUAAAUACCUUAUAAUGUAACUCCACCUGUUUCUUUGAAUUUCACAAUCCAGGCACAGUGCUUUGAGCCAAACCCACCCAUGAAGCUGAGUUAAAAGGUCAGAUUCAGAACAGGUCACCUUUUGGUUGAUAGCACUUACUAAACAACCUAGUUUAUUCCUCUCCCAGCUCAUGGAAAAUGGAAGAAAAUAAAGCCUUGAAAUGCUAUUCAGAGUACUUUUAAAGCAAGUCUCAGUUGAUGCAGUUGGUGUUGGCUGCAGGCUGGGCUUUGUCCUGUUAGUGAGGUGCCAUCAGUGGCACAGAGAAACAAUGGCAGCAUUCCUCUCCAUGUGUUAACCUGAAGCCUAAACGGGGACAGAAGGUUUAUCAACCUUCAUGCUAAAUCCUGUAGCACAGAAAUGUUGAGGGUAUCUCUCAGUCCACGUGUAAGUGCUUCCAGGUGCUGCCUGGAAGAUGUUCAUUGAGCUGUAAUACUGCUGAUUGAAAUGCAAAAGCUUCCAUUUCUGAUAUCCCCAGAAAAGAAUGGAGCUAUGUUCAGGCAUCCUAGACAAGAACAGUAACAGUCUAGGUUUCCAUAACAGCUGGAAGGUGACAUGUGAGUGAGAGCUUUCAGACUCUGACUUUCUAUCUCAUUUUAUCUCAAGCAGUUUGAGUCAAACUGCAAACAUAUUGGAAGAGAGUACAAAAGGAGUGUUUUGCAAAUAGGUAACAUGUUUUUAAGCUCAUGUUUUUAAGCUAUGCAAACUGCACGUGUCUGCCCUGAAUAAAGUGUAUCAAUGCACAAAGAAACAUAUUUUUAUUUCCUUCAUUGUGUUAUGAUUUGUUAAUGCCUUCUUUUCCUCAUGCUGCAGCACAGCUGGUCUGCAAAAAACCCAGUCAGAAAGCGCCCAGCAGCAAUACCCUCAUUAAGCCAUCACCUGACAGUCUUACAGAAAUGUACAGGAGGACUUGCCCCUGUCAGCAUCUUAGAGGGGGGUUUGAAUUUGCAGAUCUUUGCCAUAAUUUCCAUUGAUUUGAUUGGAAAGGUCUGAAUAAGAACUCCAAACACAGUCCCUGGAAAGUGUGAACUCCAGCACACCCUUCAGGCAGCUCACAGCUGCUUAUUCACCAGGUGCUUUGGAAGGAUGUUUUGGAAAAACAAUCUGGCUGCAUUACUUGAGAUAGAAGCCAUAGUGGGUUUGCUAUCUUUACAGCUGCUAAUUUUUAACUUAUUUUUUUUAAUUAGCUAUCACUCUUGGAGAUGAUUAUGCUUUAGACACAUGGAAGAGGAUCCACCUCUGUUAACUGUGGCCACCUGAACAGCAGUCACAACUAAGGCAGUUGUCUAAGUUUCUUCUGCUGGUGAGCAGAGUACAUUUCCAGAGGUAAUCAAUGGCAAGUAUUAAACCAAUAUGGGUAAAUCACUAUCUAGAAAUGCUUGCUUUCUCUACUGAUUAAAGAGGGUUUCUUGAUAAUUAAUUUAGAUGUCAUGUAUCAAUUUUAAACUGGAGUUAAGUGGAAGGAAAAUAAUCCCAAAGGGUAGCCAGGCUAAAAUCCCUUCCAGGAGCCCAACCCCAGUGCCCAGCUCUUCCAAGAUUCCCCCAAGAUCUGGCUUUAGGCACAGAGAUGACAGCCAAGAACAAACUUGCUACCAUCUGCAGUUUCCUCAAAUGAGUUAAAUCCAACAGCACACUUUUCCAAGACAGCUUCUUUGUUCACAGACUGAGAGACCCCAUUGUGUAGGAUGCUGUGUUAAAAGAUGAUCUAGUCCCGAAGGAAUAAGAAUUUAAAUUUUCAGAAGUCUCUCUAUAAUAUUUUGAAGAUGUUAACUCUAAUAUUAAUAAUAAAUCUUCUAUAUCUUUCUGCUGAGUAGGCUGGAAGGCUGCAGCAGAAUUUUCACUACACAGAACAGACACAGGUGCCAGGAUUGUUUGCAAGGUUCUUCUUAGCUUGAACCUAAGUUACAGACAGACCAGCCUGAGGACUGAAUGCAUUACUCAGUUUCUAAGUAGCUGCACAAUGACCUUUCUUAGAGUCCAUCACCUUUGGUAAUACUAUUGUGAUAUUUAUUUACACCAAUGGUAAUUUUGUGUUACAAACUGAGAAAAAGGUGAAAGUAAUUGACUUUUUGAAAAUUUGCAUAUUAUAAAAAUACUAAAUAUAUUUUAAAAUAUCUAAUCUAUUUUGUGCAAUUACUCAAAAGAUUGCUCUGCAUUUAUUAGUCCCUCAGUCUUACAGACUGAUAACAAAUAAUUUAAUAAUGUUGCUUACAUUUUUAUAGGGAUAAAUGAGCCAUAAAGGAUUACAUCCCUCAGUAUUAUAUUUUCAUGGUAUUUUUUAUUCACCUGUUAUUAUGCUAUUAGGUGAAAACUGAGGUUUUUUACAGUCUCUUUUUUAUCACUUACUGUAAUAAUAAUUACACAAAAAAUUUAAGUGCAGCUCCAAAAGAAAAUCAACUGGUGCUUUGAUGUAUCAGGAGUUCAAGAUGGACAACAUCAGACAUUUAUACCUGAGUACAAGCCCUAGGGAGGCUGCUUGGGAGAUGGAUCACCCUUUAUACAUCUAGUUUGGGAUUACUGAACAAACCAAAAGUGGUCAAAAGCUAUAGCCAAAUCAAAAUGUUGGAUGCAAACAUGUCCUGUAGAGACAACAGGUAAUUGCAUUAGAGUCAUCUUCUUUUGCUUUUCCUCUUAUUGGCACACACUUUGCCUGCUUAGAAAUCAAGAGCCAAGCAGUAAACAGAGUUUAAUAAUCAAAAUACUUCAAGUGGGCAGACUCAUAGAAUUCAUUAUGUCAAUUAAAAAGUAAGCCUUGCAGUAAAUUUCACAUUGGACAGGUUGCCUUGUAAACCCUUGUCUUACCUAGUUUGUGUAUGUGUCAUACUUAACAAAAACUGAUCAUCUGUGGUGCCAAGAGCUGCCUUCACUUACAAUCAGUCAACAGACCACAGAGCCUGGAAGAUCACUUGGUCUGAUGCUCCCUGAGCCCAUGCAGUCCAGCUGAUGGAUCCUUGGCUGCCACAGCAAGCUCCUGGACAGUGGCAAGAGGCACUUCUUCAGGGCAGUUUGCUGCUGAUUCCUUGGCUUGCAGAAGCAAAGGAAACAUGAAUUUCCUGGUGCAGCAACCCGCGGUCAGUCUGUGGUGUCUGCACACAUUCGCCCACGCACCAGCCCAGGAGCAGAGCCCGGUGCUGACGCUAAGGAAAUAACUUUGAGUUGUGUGGUUUGGGCCAGCUCCUGCUGCUGGAACAACCUUCUGUGUGCAGCCCGUGACAAAACUCUUAAGAUUCUCUAGUGCCAAGAACAACUCUUAAAUCAGCAACGAGAGGAAAGGGUGAAACAAAAUAGGUCUUGCCGCUGGAAAAGAACUUGAUAAGCAAAAUAAGAACAAUGAGACCAUAAUUUGCUAAUUGCAAGGAGAUGUCCGUCUUUUCUAUAAAAUAUACAAUUUUGGCAGUUUCUUUCAAGAUUAGAUGUAACAUGAUGCUCAGACUUGGCAGACAGUGGUGAUUUCAUUUUGAGGACUUUCCAAGGUUUCUGAAUUUGCUUUCAGUCAGACCCACCAUUUCCUGUGCUCUCUGGAACAGAGCUGGGAUGCUCACACAGGCAGUGAUGAGGGAGGUCCCCAGGCCAAGCUGCCCAUGGCAAGGUGCUGGGCUCUGCUUCCUUGUCACCCAUCAUAAGAAACAGCCUUUUCCUCUGGGCUAUCUUACUUUCAAUAUGUGGGCAAAUUUUGAUGAAAAAUUGUUUUCCUGGAUUUUUACUGCUAGAUCUUGUGAACACGUCUACAACAAUUACAUGCCAGCAAAAACUGUAGACUCAGCAAAAUGAGGAAAAUCAAUAUUUGAUUUUUAACAGGGAGAAAGAAUAUAGAGGCAAAUGGGAAGAGGAGAAUUUAAUUUCAGUUCCCAAGUACCUCCAUCCAUUUCUUUCUAUGGCACUGGAGGACUGCAGAACAACCCAGCUGGGCUACUACAAUAACAGAAGCCUCAGGUUUAUUUUGCAAGUACUGGUUCCUGAUGACAUGCCUGACAGGGAAAGGCUUUUUUACAUUUUCAUAUUUGCUUCCUAAAGUGGUAGCAGUGAAAAUGAGAAUGAGGAUGUGUCAUUAAAUAAAUGACUGUCUACCUCAGCAGCAAAAUUGAACUAGGUACAUAAAACAAACAAUUGACAAUCUCUGAUUGGAGUUCAAAAUUAGGCCACUUCAUUUAUCAGCAAAUGUUGCUGUGUUUAGUAGCAAUUAAUUACAGAAAGGGUUUUGAAGUUUGUGAUGUAAUUUUUUAAAAAACCUAAGCCUUUAUUCUCAGACCUAGGCCUCUGUAACAGUGUCAGAUUUCAUGUGGUUCAUGUUGAUGUUGUGUUGAUUUAAGUAAAGUUACAGCUAUUGGCAGAAACAGCUUACAUAAGAAUGUCCAUUUUCAAACACCCCUCAUUUUUACUUUGAAUUAGAAACUGUUAAAGUGAAAAGCAUGAAAACAUGAAUCAAAUGGCAAGAAGUCUAAAAAAAAGGAGAUGCAGAAGUACAUAAACAUGAUGUACUAUCUGAAAGACUACAGAUCAUAAAGUGACCUCAUGACUUUGAGAAACUUGGUGAUUUUUGAGUACACUGGAUUUAAAGACAACAUGCCAAGGUAGAGAAAUGUCUGCCUAACAUUAACAGUAAAACAUGCUAUCCCCCACACUGGGUUUCAGGGACCAGACACUGAGGUCCAGCUUGUGAAAAUGUUCUAGUCCCAAAUUAAUAGGUAUGUUUUGUCUCCAUUCUUUAUUGGUUUUAGGACCUCUAAUGGCAGAAAAAAAGGCAUUUGUAGAGAAGGUCAUCUGGAAAGCUCUUAACAUGAAAGCAAGUAUGGCCAGUAUGGCCAUGAACUCCAGCCAGUAAGAAAUAAAUGUGAAAAUGCCAUUUAAUUAAAAUUCUGGAUUUUCUCCAGGA